UCGAUUUUCCCUUGCUUUAGUAACCAUAUGAACCGCCUUAACAACCAAAACAAGAUGGAGCGAAAUUCAUGUGAAAUUAACGAAAAAGCAGAGUUCUCCGUACUCAUUAAGGCCUUACAGGAGGAGAGACUUCGCGACAACAAGGAGGAAGUUGAUAAUGCUUCUCUUUUUACGUCGGACAACAUUGAAUGGGCCACAUGCAAAGACUUUAAUAUCGAAGUGGGAAAGCAGCAGAUCGAGGCGUACAUCAAGACCUGGGAGAUUCGGUCCUGUUGGAUCUACAGCAUAGAGUUUUUCCGCACAGGACAAGAGGAUGACUUUACAAUCUACCUCUACGAAGUCAUCUUCAUGGCACCGACGAGCAGAAAACCGAUCUCGGAAAGAGUCAGCGUUUACUUCGCGGCUGAAAUAUCGAAAGUGGAGGCCGAAACUCGACCGGUGAAGGUUCGAUUCAUACUGGAGUCCUGCAGGGUUAUACAUACUCCAGGGAGGAACAGGUUCAACGAGAAGUGGCUGACGGACAUCACCGAAACUAAAGCUUUAUGGCAAAAAAUGAUGGACUUCUGACUCAGAGACUUGAUGUUAUAUAACAGCCAUUGUAUGGACUUUGUCCUUCUUUCUUCAAUCUGAGCAGAAACAAAUAUAAUCCCAUUAAAAUAUAAAGCUAUGUUUGAGUAAAGUGUCAUGACAGA